UUGCUGUGGUUUUUAAAGUCGAUAUAUAUGUGUCAUCUUAGAUGCUACCAGUCAGUUCGGUCGGGACGUUAGAUCGAUCAACAUGCGGUCUUUGGCUUACAUUUUUACGUUAUUUGGAUUGUCUUUGGCGGCUGCAAGUCAGGCGCCUUGUAUAGAAUUGAACGAUGGCAACAAGAUGCCGGUCGUUGCUCUGGGAACUGGUCGAGGGACUGCGAGUGAGUCCGCUUCAGUUGACGAAGUCCGUCAGUCUGUUUAUUGGGCUAUCGAGGCUGGAUACAGGCAUAUCGACACAGCUGCUAUCUACUUCGACGAGCCUCAGGUCGGUCAGGGAAUAGCUGAUGCGAUAGCUAACAAGCUGGUCACCAGAGAACAAUUAUUUGUUACUACUAAGCUAUGGAAUGACAAACACCGAAAAGAACAGGUGGUACCCGCACUCAAAGAGUCGCUCGGAAAACUUGGUCUCGACUACGUUGAUCUCUUUUUGAUACAUUUCCCAGUCGCUGAGAAGGAGGACGGUUCCCCUGACGAUGUGGACUAUUUGGAGACCUGGCAGGGAAUGGAAGAUGCCAGGCAGCAGGGUCUGACCAGGUCAAUUGGAGUGUCAAACUUCAACGCCACACAGAUUGACCGUUUGAUCGCCAACUCUAACGUCCGGCCUGUUGUCAAUGAAGUUGAGGUGAAUCCAACUCUUACUCAAGAAGCAUUAGUAAAUCAUUGCCAAGAGCUCGGUGUGGCGGUGAUGGCGUACAGUCCCUUCGGUUUCACGGUCUCUCGGAAGAACCCUGACGCUCCUCCACCACGGUCUGAUGACCCCGUACUCGUCGCAAUGGCCAACAAGUACAAGAAGUCUACCAGCCAAAUCGUCCUGAGAUAUUUGAUCGACCGCGGCCUCGUUCCGAUUCCGAAAUCAACGAACAAGAAGAGAAUCGCUCAGAACAUCGACCUGUUCGACUUCUACCUGACCAAAGAAGAAGUCGAAUUGAUCAACAAAUUCAACAAAAAUAUUCGCGUCAUCGACCCCGUCGACUGGAAAGACUACCCCAACUAUCCGUUUUGGGAAUAUUAAUUUUUAUCCUAAAGUAAUAUAUUUAAGUGUAUUAAUAAAAAUGUGACUAAGUAAA